CAAACAAGUUCAGUUCAGAAUGAUUUCUUCGUGGAGAAGGAAAAGAGCUGGCCGCCGCGCUGCCAAGGAGAAGCGGCGGGGCGAGAACGGAGAAUUGGAGUUGAUGAUACCGACCAACUUCCGAUGCCCGAUAUCUCUAGACUUGAUGAAAGAUCCGGUGACUUUGUCGACUGGGAUUACGUACGACCGGCAGAGCAUUGAGACGUGGAUUGACUGCGGAAACCAGACAUGUCCCAUUACAAAUCAGGUCCUGAGAAAUCUCGAGCCGAUACCCAAUCACACGUUGAGGAAGAUGGUGCAGGAUUGGUGCGUCGAGAACCAAUCCUACGGCAUUGAGAGGAUUCCCACGCCGAGGAUUCCGGUGAGCUCGGCGGAGGUUUCGGAGAUUCUUUCUAAAAUUACUGCCGCGAGUAAGCGCGGAGAUCAAGUCGGGUGCGGGGAAUUGGCGGCGAAGAUCAAGGCGUUGGGGAAGGAGAGCGAGCGCAACAAGCGGUGCAUUGCGGCGAAUAAAACCGCCGGCGGCGUUUUGUCUGCCGCGUUUGAAACGUUUUCGAGAUCGUUUGAUACAAACAGCGCCGUAUUGGAGGAAAUUUUGUCGGCCUUGACAAUCUUUUUCCCGCUCGACGAACAGGCAAAAUCGAAUCUCGGAUCGGCUGCUUCGUUGCGUUCGAUGGUUUGGUUUUUGAAGAGCGGGGAUUUGUCGGGGAGAAGCAGCGCCAUUUUGGCGUUGAAAGAGCUUCUUCAUUCCUCCGAUGAGAACAGAGCAGACGCAUUGGCGGAGAUUGAAGGCGCAUUGGAAGCGUUGGUGAAGAUGAUCACAGAGCCCAUUUGCCCGACUGCGACAAAAGCUUCAUUAAUGGUGAUUUACCACAUGAUCAACAAUUCCUCGUACCAAAACGAAACAAUUAUUCAAAGAUUUAUCGACAUGGGUUUGAUCUCUCUGCUUCUGGAAACGCUUGUCGACAGCGAAAGAAGCAUUUGCGAAAAGGCAAUGGGUGUUCUUGACGGAAUCUGCAGCGGAGAAAAAGGGAGAGAAAAGGCGUACAGCCAUGCUUUGACGGUGCCGGUUUUGGUGAAGAAGUUGCUGCGCGUAUCGGAUUUGACGACCGAGUUUUCGGUCUCCAUCCUUUGGAAGCUCUGCAAGAAUGAAAAGAGGGAAGAAGGAGGAGUUCUUGUUGAAGCUCUUCAAGUAGGAGCUUUUCAGAAGCUGCUGUUGCUAUUGCAAGUUGGCUGCGCAGAGAGGACGAGGGAGAAGGCAACAGAGUUGCUGAAAUCGUUGAAUCUUCACAGGGAUAAGUUGGAAUGUAUUGAUUCUAUGGAUUUUAAGGAUCUCAAGAGGCAAUUUUAAUUCUAGGCAACAAUC